AUGUCCAAAGCAGUCCACAACAUGGCAGAUAACUCAACGAAUACAGUCGGAAGGGGCAAAGAAAUAUGGCUAGAAGAGAGUGCAGGAAAUCAGGACAGAAUUAGAGAGGUUUAUGAGAGAGCUAUUGCUAAUGUUCCUCCUGUGCCGGAGAAGCGGUAUUGGCAGCGCUACAUUUACUUGUGGAUCAAUUAUGCACUAUAUGAGGAGCUUGAUGCUGGAGGCAUGGAACGCGCACGAUAUGUAUAUAGGGAAUGCCUUCAACUGAUUCCUCACAAGAAGUUUUCAUUUGCAAAAAUAUGGCUUCUCGCUGCCGGGUUUGAGAUACGACAGCUGAAUCUCGAGGGUGCACGCAAGAUCCUUGGUACUGCAAUAGGCAAGUCACAUAAAGACAAGAUAUUUAACAAGUAUAUUGAGAUUGAGCUGAACCUUGGGAAUUUCGAGGAAUGUCGGAAAUUGUAUGGAAAGUAUCUGCAUUGGUCCCCAGAAAAUUGUUAUGCGUGGACCAAGUAUGCAGAGUUAGAGAAAUCUUUGUGUGACAUUGCGAGACAGAACGGACUAGGGCGGUUUUUGAACUUGCCAUCGCCCAACCAGCACUUGACAUGCCUGAAUUGUUGUGGAAGGCAUACAUUGACUUUGAACUAUCAGAAGGUGAAUUUGAGAGAGCUAGAGAACUUUACGAGAGACUCCUAG